CGCAGCGCCUCCCGCCAUGAGAUAUAAAGAUGGCCGCAACGAGGAGCGACAUCAACCAGCAGAGGACACCUCCGCUCGUGGCAUCCAAACCAACAGCAGCUGUCAAUAGCUUCCCGGCAUAAAGAAUAAUAUGGUGCAUUUAGCUUCCGCCCUUCUGGUGGCUAGCGCGGCCUUCGCCGUGGCGGCGCCCGCCAGCGAGAUCUUUGAGCGCCAGUCGACGUGCUCGACGCAGGGCAGCUACCCGACCGUCAACUCGGCCAAGCUGCCCGACCCCUUCACGUCGGCGGCGGGCAACAAGAUCACCACCAAGGCCGACUUCGAGUGCCGCAAGGCCGAGAUCAGCAAGAUCAUGCAGCAGUACGAGCUGGGCACGUAUCCGCCGCCGCCGGACAAGGUCGAGGCGUCGAUGAGCGGCAACGGUAUCACGGUCCGGGUGACGGUGGGCAGCAAGACCAUCUCGUUCUCGGCGUCGAUCCGCAAGCCGUCCGGCAGCGGGCCGUUCCCGGCCAUCAUCGGCAUCGGCGGGGCGUCGAUCCCGAUCCCCAGCAACGUGGCGACCAUCACGUUCAACAACGACGAGUUCGGCGCGCAGUCCGGCAGCGGCUCGCGCGGGCGCGGCAAGUUCUACGACCUCUUUGGCAGCAGCCACUCGGCCGGGUCGCUCACGGCGUGGGCCUGGGGCGUGGACCGGCUGAUCGACGGGCUGGAGCAGGUCGGGGCGGCGUCGGGCAUCGACACCAAGCGGCUCGGCGUGACGGGCUGCUCGCGCAACGGCAAGGGCGCCUUCGUGACCGGCGCCUUCGUCGACCGCAUCGCGCUCACGAUCCCGCAGGAGUCCGGGGCCGGCGGGGCGGCGUGCUGGCGCAUCAGCGACCAGCAGAAGGCGUCGGGCGCCAACAUCCAGACGGCGCAGCAGAUCAUCGGCGAGAACCCGUGGUUCAGCCGCAACUUCGACCCGUACGUGCGGUCCAUCACGACGAUCCCGCAGGACCACCACUUCCUGGCGGCCAUGAUCGUGCCACGCGGGCUGAUUGCCUUCGAGAACAACAUCGACUGGCUCGGCCCCGUGUCGACCACGGGCUGCAUGAAGGCCGGCCGGCUGAUCUACAAGGCCUACGGCGUGCCCAACAACAUGGGCUUCUCGCUCGUCGGCGGCCACAACCACUGCCAGUUCCCCAGCAGCCAGAACUCGGAGCUCACCGCCUACAUCAACUACUUCCUGCUCAACGGCAGCACCGCGCCCCCGGCCGUCGAGCGGAGCGACGCCAAUGUCGAUGCCGCCAGCUGGGCGCCUUGGGCCACCAGCCUCCCCACGCUCUCGUGACAGUCGGGCAGGCCCCUCAGAAAACGUCGGGCCGGGCGGUGGAAGAGC